GUCCUGGGCAGCCUCGUCCGACAUAAGGAGCCUCUAUUGGGAGCUAGUGAACGUGGACGUCGAAGAGCAACUCGAUCUACCAUAAACUUUUCCAUUCAAGCGCUGCACUGGACCCACGCUAUCGGGAUGAUCGUCAUUAUGUUCUGUCACCGGCACGCUCCUCUUCAUGACUUGACAUCAUGACACCGGACCUCAACAUCUCUCUCGAGGAUCACCUCCGCGAUACCCUUGCCUCGGUGCAGAGCCUGCUCCCUCGCGAGCUCUCAGCGCAGUUAGAGGUCUACUUGACCUUACCGAAACCCGCCCUGAUUCCAUAUACCGUGCUCCAAUCUGUAUCUCAAUGGUCGCGGUCGUCGUCAGGAUCCUCUGCUCUCCGUUCAGCCACGCCUCCUCGAGAUCUGAAUGAUUUCAGUAUGAUCUCGCUCCUUGCUGGGACGACAACUUCGCCUGAACGCAAGUUUGGUUCUUAUGUUCCCCCGCGGGAUCCAGAGGAAGUAGAGGCGGAGAGGAAAAAGGAGAGAAGGGCCAUUACGACGCUCAUGAAUGCGUUACUCAGUGUUGGCGGGUCAGGAUUUGCUGCCUGGUGGGCGUCGCAGCACGCAGGAUGGAAGAAGGAAUGGCGCGCCCUCUUUGGGCUGUUCGUUGGCUUCAUUGUUGCCAUUGCAGAAGCAGUGCUAUAUCUCAUUUGGCAAUCACGACACUCGGCUCCAACAAAGAAAACUCGUCGACGACGACGCUUGGUAUCUGCAAGGCACAAAAAGAACGACGGUGACGGUGAUUCAUCGGUUGCAGAGACAGAGGACAAUGAUAACAGACUCCGACGACGAGUUAACCCAGACCAAUCAGUUCCCAGAGAAUAAUACAAAAUAUACACUACUAACACAUCUUCAGGGUUCUCAUAAACAUCGAGAGAUACCACCCAGUCAAACCCCAUAUUUCUAAUUUAUUGUCCUUCCCAAUCCCUAUUUCAUUGUCAUCGUU